CGAGACGUCUCGGUGUUUAACAGCUUCACAUGUAUUUUUGUUUUCGACUCGGAUCGGAGCGCGGUCUUUAGUUCAGAACUGCAUUAUUCAUUGUGGUAUUUUAAGUCCUUUCUUCUUACACAUAAACAUGAGCUCUGUGUCAAAGGUUGGUGAGAUUUUCUCCGCUGCUGGAGUAGCAUUCAGUCGCUUGGGGGAGCUGACUAUGCAGCUACAUCCUAUGGCAGAGUCAUCCCCAACAAGUGGCAAAUGGACAGAUGAGGAAAUUGAAAUGCUGAGGUCGUCCAUCAAGACUUUUGGUGACAAUCUCCAGAAGAUCAGUGAAACCAUCAAGACGAGAACAGUAUCUCAAAUCAGGACAGCAAUGAAGAAGAAAGCUCACGAGCAGGCAGCGGCCCAGAAACAAGACGCAGAGAGGAAGACACAAAUGGACAACCGACCCGAAGAUAACAGCACAGCGCCCUCUAGUGACGAACCACCGCUGAAGAAACAAAAACAGUCAGAGGUCACCUUGAAUAUGCUGAACUCAACGGAAACGCCAGGCGACUCGCUAGUGGACAUCGAAGGACUUGAGGAAACUGCCAUGAAGAAACUGGAAUUCGGCUUGUCCUCCCAUGCUGACCAAGAAGAGCUUAAUCUCGACACCAAUCUGAUUGCCCCAAGCUCAGAUAUUGAGUCGCUACAGAGGUGAAACAUGCUGGAAUCAUCUGAAGUACCGAGUACCAGUGAUGAUAACAGCAGGGAGUAGGGCCAAGGAUUUCCCCUCGUGCAUAAGUUCACUUCUGAAGAUACCCUUUUGAAAAGUAAGACUAGGCAAGACUAGAAAAGCUGGUCCCAGAGUGCACAAAAUUCUAUUCAAUUGGUUCAGAAAUGGCUAUUCACUGGAAGUCUUUUGAUGCAGAGUGGGCCGGAUUUAGCCCAUUCAUUGGCAUUACGGAGAUAUAUGAUAGCACGGAGAUAUAUGUUAGCACUGACAUAGUGAUAAUUAGUCAGUCAGUCCGUGAGAUAAGUACAAAGAGGACAUUAGCCUCUCUCUGGGACCAGCACAAUAAAAUUGUUGUGUCCGUACUUAGUGACACAAAACACUGGGGAAAAGGUUUCACAAAAAGUUUCAAUCCAAAAUGCUUUUAAUUGAAGGUAAAUGUACAUAAUAACAUAUAAAGCUUUUUGAAGAAUUCAACAGAACUCCAGAUUCUCCAAAAUUAACCUCUGUGAAGGGAACCAGUGUCUUUGUAUUUGGAUGUGACAACCAGAAUUUUUUAAGUCCCUCAAAAAUUCCUAUUUUUAAACUGCAAUCAGUGCCGUGUAGCAGUUUUAGCCUUGACUCUUGUGAAUAAACUUGUCAUCAUGUUUGUUGAAUGAGCUGUA